AUGUCAGGGGGGACCCGUUUAGAGAACGCGAAUCCCUUGAUUUUUCAACGAACAGGCGAGAGACUUCAGACCGCAAAUGACGAGGACGAAGAUGUUGCUGAUCCCAUCGACGACAGAGAAAUAUUUGAUAUCCUUUCUGUGUAACGUUAGCUAGCUAAAGGAUACAUUGAGCUUUCAAUGUCAUACUAAUUAACUUUGCAUAUGAUGCUUCAUUCUUUAAUAAGAAAGCUAAUUACUCAACAUUGUGUUAUCAGAUUUCACCUUAACACGCGCUACAUCUCAUCAGAUCCAUUAAUGAUCCUGAACACCCACUGUCCCUCGAAGAGUUGAAUGUCGUGGAACAAGUGCGAGUGCGCGUGAGUUAAACUUCUUUCACAAGUUAGAAGUUCGACACACAAACACAUUCGUGUAGAUAGCCUAUACUGUGUUAACCUAAUAAAACCAUCAACUUUAUUUUUCUUUACAGGUAAAUGACCAAGAGAACACAGUGGGUGUGGAGUUCACCCCCACUAUACCCCACUGCAGCAUGGCAACUCUCAUAGGCCUGUCCAUCAAAGUCAAGCUGCUGCGGUCCCUGCCAGAAAGGUUUAAGGUGGGUGAAAUAAAUUAUGUCUGCUUCUGGUGAGCUGUGAGAGCAAGCUUUAAUAUUGUUUUAUUGUCUGAACAUUUAACAUUACCAUAGUGGGUCAUGUCCGUCUAUGCCUAAUCAUAUCUCCGCAGAUUGACGUGCACAUCACUCCUGGGACGCAUGCCUCAGAAGAUGCAGGUAAAGUGACAUGCCUCUGAAGUAACUCAACAUUGAGGCUGAGACCAACAAUCACACCUUCAAGUCCUUGUGCAUAGAGUUGAAUGGGUUGUUUAACUUUGCAAUCAUUGGUUUUUGUUUUACAUAUAUCUUAAACUGAAAUAUCUGAGUCUCAGCAUCACUCAGUUACCGUGGAAUUGCCCCUAACCUAAACCCUUUUGUUUUUGCUUUGUUCCAGUCAACAAACAGCUGGCAGACAAAGAGAGAGUGGCCGCUGCACUCGAGAACUCCCAGCUUCUGGAGGUGGUCAACCAGUGUCUGAUAUCCAAUGCAAGGACAGGCUGACUCUCCUGAUGGAUCAAUUGAAAAUUCUCCUUAGUCCAGGACUAGGCUUAAUGUUUCUCUCCUGACAUGCUAACUGGAUUGGUUGUUCAGUUUAUGUUGAGUAAAUGGCAAAUGUAUCACCUAUGCUGCCGUUGUAUUCUUUUCAUCUAACAUAAUUCCAUUGUAUCAUGGUUGAGUCCAUGCUGUAGGCAGAAAUACUAAACGGACACUAUAGUUUUGCACUAUUAUAGACAAGCAUUGUAUCCUUUAUUAUACUAGUAAAGCAAUAAAAUACAGGAUCAUAUCAUAUUUCAUUGAAAAUAUACCUGAUGUUAAUGGCGUUUGCAGAGAGAACAAAGAAAAUGCAUACAUCUCUAAUAAAUUAAGCGAUCUCAAAGGACACAAUGACAUGUAAGACCAAAGACUGGGGAAGUGGCCCUGACACUGAAUAAGAAAGGCCUUAGUUUAUAACAUAUGUCUGGGGGGGAAUUAUAUAUAGUAUAAUAAUUGUGCCAUUGGAUUUCCAUCAGAUGCCUUAUUUCAUAUUUGUC